GUGACUAUUACUUGUAAGUAGUAACUGUAAAUCUUCUUCCUUUUCAACUCUAUAUAAAUGUGUACAUUACAUUAGCUCAAUAGCUCCCUUCUGCAUAAAAUUUCCGGUUUCCCACGUUUCCACACCUUCCGCCGCCACGCCCACCGGAGAUGGGCUCUUUCCAGCGCCCUCGCUUUCUCGUUCUCAUUUUCAUAUAUCUUACUAUUUUCUCCGCCGUCUCUCACUCAUUCCCUUUCCCCAGAAAAGAAAAACACAAAAUUGAAGGCCCCAUCAAAACCCUAGUAGUCCUGGUGAUGGAGAAUCGCUCCUUCGACCACAUGCUCGGUUGGCUUAAGAGGGUCCGGCCCAACAUCGACGGCCUCACCGGCUCUGAAUUCAAUCGGAUCAACUCAUCCGACCCGAACUCUCGGCCCGUGUUCGUCUCCGACGACGCCUUCUUCGUCGACUCCGACCCGGGUCACUCGAUCCAAGCCAUCAGGGAGCAGAUAUUCGGAUCCAAUGACUCGUCGGCCGACCCGGCUCCGAUGAACGGGUUUGCGCAGCAGGCGGAGAGCAUGGGGGUCGAGGGUUUGUCCAGAACCGUCAUGAGCGGGUUCAAACCGGAACUUGUCCCGGUUUACACCGAGCUAGCGGACGAGUUUGCUGUUAUGGACCGGUGGUUCGCCUCGGUGCCCGCAUCCACUCAGCCAAACCGGUUCUAUGUUCAUUCAGCCACAUCCCACGGCGCCUCCAGCAACGUUAGGAAGGACCUCAUCGACGGGUUCCCUCAGAAGACAAUUUUCGACUCGCUGGACGAAAACGACCUUAGUUUCGGGAUUUAUUACCAGAAUAUCCCGGCUACUCUGUUCUUCAAGAGCCUUAGGAAGCUCAAGCAUAUCAUCAAGUUCCAUAAUUAUAAGUUGAAGUUCAAGCUCCAUGCUAAAACGGGGAAGCUCCCGAAUUAUGUGGUGAUCGAGCAGAGGUACUUUGAUGUGGACCUCUUUCCGGCAAACGACGAUCAUCCUUCUCAUGAUGUGGCGCUCGGGCAGAGGUUUGUGAAGGAGGUCUACGAGACUCUUAGGGCGAGUCCUCAAUGGAAGGAGAUGGCACUUUUGAUAACUUAUGAUGAGCACGGUGGGUUUUAUGAUCAUGUGCCGACUCCUGUUUCUGGUGUGCCCAACCCUGAUGGGAUAAUUGGGCCCGACCCAUAUUAUUUCCAGUUUGAUAGGCUUGGUGUGCGUGUUCCCACAUUGUUGAUUUCACCCUGGAUUGACAAAGGCACUGUGAUUCAUGAACCGAACGGCCCAACCCCAUCUUCACAAUAUGAACACUCAUCAAUCCCAGCUACCGUGAAGAAGCUUUUCAAUCUUCAAUCAAAUUUUCUUACUAAAAGGGAUGCAUGGGCUGGGACUUUCGAGAAAUACUUUUACUUGCGUGAUACUCCCCGAGACGACUGUCCAGAAUUUUCUCCAGAGACACUGCCGGAAGUUAAGACGACGUUAAGGUCACAUGGACCUAAAGAAGACAUUAAACUGUCAGAAUUUCAGCAUGAGCUCAUUCAAUUGGCUUCACAGCUUAAUGGUGAUUAUAUGCUUAACACAUAUCCUGACAUUGGACGAGGAAUGAACGUGGGCACGGCCAACCGGUAUGCGGAGGAUGCGGUUAGAAGGUUCUUGGAAGCUGGAAGAGCUGCUCUUAGAGCUGGAGCUAAUGAGUCAGCACUCGUCACCAUGAGGCCCUCACUCACCACCCGGACGGCUCAAACGGAGCUCGGAGAAAAAGGUUCGGCAAUGGCGGCCUCCAACGGGAGCGAGUAUUUCGAGCUUGACGUCGACGAGGGGGAGAACACGUUCAUCCGGCCGUCGAACGCCGAAUCGGUGGCGGAGGACGAGGAGGAGCUCCGGUGGGCGGCGAUCGAGCGGCUCCCAUCGCAGCAGCGCUCCAAUUUCGCGCUGGUGAGGCGCACGGCGUCGGAUUCCGGCGGAGGUGGCGGCGAUGGGGGCGGGACGGACACCGUCGACGUGAGGAAGCUGGAUCGGUUCAAUCGGGAGCUUGUUGUAAGGCGGGCGCUCGCCACCACCGCGCAGGAUAAUUUCCAGCUGCUUUCCGGGAUUAAAGAGCGCCUCGACAAGGUGGGUUUGGAGAUGCCAAAAGUUGAAGUCCGAUUUGAGAAUCUGCACAUUACUGCUGAUGUGAAAAUAGGCUCAAGGGCUCUGCCAACUUUGGUGAACUAUUCUCGUGACAUGCUUGAGCUUUUGUUGACUAAAUUGAAGAUAUUUCACCCAAAAAGAUAUGCACUGACCAUCCUCAACAACAUCAGUGGGGUGGUAAAACCAGGAAGGAUGACUCUGCUUCUUGGACCACCAGGUUCUGGCAAGUCUACAUUACUUCGAGCUCUUGCUGGGAAGCUUGAUAGAAGCUUGAAGAAAAAUGGAACUAUCACAUACAAUGGCCAUGAGUUUAAUGAGUUCUUUGUUCAAAGAGGUUCGGCUUAUAUAGGCCAGACGGAUAAUCACAUUGCGGAGCUAACUGUAAGAGAAACACUUGAUUUUGGUGCUAGAUGCCAAGGUUCUAGUGAAGGUUUUUCAGUAUACAUGGAGGAUCUUACCCGUCUUGAGAAGGAAAGCAAUAUACGCCCCCGCCCUGAAAUAGAUGCAUAUAUGAAGGCAUCAUCUGUUGGUGGUAAAAAGCACAGCGUGUCAACAGACUACAUGCUAAAAGUUCUUGGUCUAGAUAUAUGUGCGGAAACAUUAGUUGGUAACGACAUGCUUAGGGGUGUUUCAGGAGGACAGAAAAAAAGAGUAACCACAGGAGAAAUGGUGGUUGGGCCUCGGAAAACACUUUUUAUGGAUGAAAUAUCUACGGGGCUUGACAGCUCUACAACAUUCCAGAUUGUUAAUUGUAUAAGGAACUUUGUUCAUCUCAUGGAAGGGACAGUUCUCAUGGCCCUUCUUCAGCCUGCUCCUGAGACGUUUGAUCUUUUUGAUGAUCUCAUACUACUUUCUGAAGGUCACCUUAUAUAUCACGGGCCCCGUUCUGAAGUCGUCGAGUUCUUUGAAUCAUUAGGUUUCCGGUUGCCACCACGAAAGAAUGUAGCUGAUUUUCUACAGGAGGUAACAUCCAAAAAAGAUCAAGCUCAAUACUGGGGUGAUCAUUCCAAACCAUAUGAGUUUGUUCCGGUUUCAAAAUUUGCUGAAGAAUUCAGGAAUUCAAGAUUUGGUCAGAACUUGAAAGGUAUUCUCUCUGAUCAGUAUGAUAAAUCGAAGAGUCACCCUUCAGCUCUGCCCAAAACCAAGUAUGCUGUACCAAAAAGGGAGCUACUUAGAGCAUGCUUUAACAGAGAGUUGCUUCUAAUCAAUAGGCAUCGCUUUCUGUAUAUCUUUAGAACGUGUCAGGUUGCAUUUGUAGGUUUUGUGACGUGUACAAUGUUUCUUCGAACUAGACUACAUCCAACUGAUGUGAUGAAUGGCGAGCUUUAUCUUGCGUGUUUGUUCUUUGGCCUGGUGCAUAUGAUGUUCAAUGGAUUCUCUGAACUACCAUUGAUGAUAUUUCGACUUCCAGUAUUCUACAAGCAGCGGGAUAAUCUUUUCCAUCCUGCAUGGGCAUGGUCUUUCUCGAGUUUCAUACUUCGCGUGCCUUACUCGGUGAUUGAAGCUAUAGUAUGGUCGUGUGUAGUAUAUUAUACUGUAGGCUUUGCACCUGGAGCUGGAAGGUUCUUCCGUUUUAUGCUUCUACUAUUUUCAGUACACCAAAUGGCGUUGGGUCUCUUCAGGGCAAUGGCUUCUAUUGCAAGAGAUAUGAUCAUUGCUAAUACUUUUGGAUCAGCUGCAUUAUUGAUAAUAUUUUUGUUGGGUGGAUUUAUUCUGCCAAAAGAAAUGAUAAAACCUUGGUGGGUGUGGGCCUUCUGGGUGUCUCCUCUAUCAUAUGGCCAGCGUGCAAUAUCGGUUAACGAGUUUACUGCCACAAGAUGGAUGGAGAGAUCCGCAGGGGGUAAUAUUAGUAUUGGAAGCCAGAUUCUCAGCCUUCACAGUUUACCUAAUAGCAAUUAUUGGUAUUGGAUUGGAAUCGGUGCCUUACUAGCGUAUGCCCUUUUCUUCAACGUCAUUGUGACCAUGGCUCUGGCCUUCCUUAAUCCUGUUAAAAAAUCACAGACAAUUGUUCCAUCAGAUGAUGAAAAAGAACAUCCAGCUAGUCACGGACAAGCAGAGAACUCCAGGUCGAAUACUACACCAGCCAAUAGUGGAACACAACAGAAAGGAAUGAUUCUGCCAUUUCAACCAUUGACCAUGACAUUUCAUAACGUGAACUACUUUGUUGAUAUGCCAAAGGAAAUGAGUUCACAAGGUAUACCAGAAACAAGGUUGCAACUAUUAUCCAAUGUCAGUGGAGUAUUCUCGCCUGGUGUUCUCACAGCAUUAAUGGGGUCAAGUGGAGCGGGGAAAACCACGUUGAUGGAUGUUCUUGCUGGUAGGAAGACUAGUGGGUACAUUGAAGGAGAUAUAAGAAUAUCUGGUUACCCAAAGGAACAUAAGUCUUUUGCUCGUAUAUCGGGAUAUGUUGAACAAAGUGAUAUACACUCGCCUCAGGUGACGGUUAUCGAGUCCCUCUGGUUUUCUUCAUUUCUUCGGCUUCCAAAGGAAGUGAAUGAAGGACAGAGAAAAGAAUUUGUUGAAGAGGUGAUGCAAUUAGUGGAACUCGACUCUCUGAGGCAUGCCUUGGUAGGCAUGCCAGGCAGUUCCGGCUUGUCUACAGAACAGAGGAAGCGUUUAACAAUUGCGGUGGAGCUUGUUGCAAAUCCAUCAAUCAUUUUUAUGGAUGAACCUACAUCUGGUCUAGAUGCACGAGCGGCAGCAAUUGUCAUGCGAACAGUUCGCAACACAGUCGAUACUGGAAGAACUGUAGUGUGCACCAUACAUCAACCGAGCAUUGAAAUAUUUGAAGCCUUCGAUGAGCUUCUUCUUUUGAAGCGAGGGGGGCGAGUGAUAUACGGUGGGAAGCUUGGUGAGAGAUCACUAACCAUGAUCAAUUAUUUUGAGAGUAUAAGUGGAGUUUCUCCAAUAUCUGAUGGAUACAACCCUGCAACUUGGAUGCUUGAGGUAAGCACGCCCGCUAUGGAAGAGCAGAUUCGUCAAGAUUUCGCCGUGAUAUACCAAAAUUCGCAGCAAUAUCGGAAUGUCGAAGCUUCCAUUCAAACCCAGAGUAUUCCUCCCGAGAACUCGGAACCUCUGAAAUUUGAUUCAACAUACUCCAAAGACGCUAUUUCUCAAUUCAAAAUAUGUUUAUGGAAACAAAAUCUCGUCUAUUGGAGGAGUCCAGCGUACAACGCUGUGAGAUUGUUCUUUACAACAGUUAGUGCUGUUAUAAUCGGCACUAUAUUUUGGGAUGUUGGUUCAAGAAGGGAUUCAACUCAAAACUUGUUCGUUGUAAUGGGAGCUCUUUAUGCUUCAGUCAUGUUUCUGGGGAUCAACAACUCUUCUUCUGUGCAACCAGUAAUAUCUAUUGAAAGAACUGUUUUCUACAGGGAGAAAGCUGCUGGGAUGUACUCUCCAUAUCCUUUUGCAUUUGCCCAGGGCAUUGUGGAGAUUCCGUACAUCUUGUUGCAGACAGUGCUAUAUGGUAUCAUUACGUAUUUUAUGGUCAACUUCGAGAGAACAGUUGGCAAAUUUUUUUACUAUCUCCUGUUUAUGUUCCUUACAUUCACAUACUUCACCUUCUACGGGAUGAUGGUUGUUGGUCUUACUCCUACACAAAACGUGGCUGCCGUUGUUUCGUCUGCAUUUUACUCGCUGUGGAAUCUUCUCUCUGGCUUCCUUGUCCCUAAACCAAGUAUCCCGGGAUGGUGGAUAUGGUUCUACUAUAUUUGUCCGAUUGCAUGGACGUUGCGUGGGAUAAUUACAUCCCAGCUUGGUGACGUGGAGACGAGUAUCGCAGGGCCGGGAUUUGAGGGCAGUGUGAAAGAGUAUAUCAAUUUUCGUUUCGGUUAUGAUUCGGGAAUGCUUGGAGUUAGUGUCGUUGUGCUUAUUGGAUUCAGCAUUCUCUUCUUUGCGGUCUUCGCAAUCUCCAUGAAAUUACUGAACUUUCAGAGAAGAUGAGCUGAACUGAACUGUAUAGUAGCUUUACGCUUUCAUGCACUUCAUGGAAACUGACUCUAGUUAUUCAAGAAGGAUUUUAAAGGGAGGUUUUGGUCGAUGACUUGGUCUGUUGAUUGACAGAACUGAAGUGAACUCUAUGGCAGAUGCUUGUGUGGUAUUAUGGUAAGUGCACUUUGCAAUCCAAUGCAGGGUCAAAUAUGCUGGUUUUAGACUAAUUUGAGACAAAUAUAUUGAAGGUAUUACUUGCAGCUACCAUCGUGUUGUGAUUUGUGAAUGAAUACAUAUAGUUUGUGAUUUGUGAAUGAAUACAUUUAGUCAAAGUACACAAAAUCUGAAGUAUU